AAGGUUCUUCCAUGUGUUAAAUUAGCAUAAGGAGACGCUGCUCCCAAAGUAGCCACUUGGGGGCCAAAGCUAACUGUGCGUCACAGCCUUCAGUGGAAAGAAAGUAGAGGAAUCAAGAAGCAUGCAACUCAAUUUGUGCCAAUGGCAUCACAAAGGGAAGGAUGGAUGCUGCUUGGGUGAGGUGGCUACCCCUCCAAUGGUUCAAUCACAUCAAGCUAUGGAGCUGAAAUCAAGAAGCAGCCACCAGCACUAAUUAAGAUCUUCUCCUGUAUGGAGGAGGCUGCGCUCACUCUGCUCACUUACUCAGCAUUCACUAUCUACUGCGAGGAUGCAUCUCCUGGACUGCAACUGAUUUACAAGCAAACCACAAACACUCUAGAGUGAUGCCCUGUUGAUGGCCCAUCUGAUCUCCUGAAUGCUACCUCUAGGAUCCAAGCUGCUCUCCUGUGACUUGUUUUUCUAAGUGUGAAAAUACUGCCUGGAUUCUCCCUUGCUUGAGCUUUACCAGUGAGGGUUAAAAAAUGGCUUCAGAGAAUACACCAGGGACAGCCAAGUCCGCGGUAGAGAAACUAUCCAAUGCCAUGGGUGAAAGAACUAAACAAAUUGGCUCAGCCAUAAAAGAAGCCCACCACCUGAGAAGACUGAUCUUGUUCAUUGUUUGUGUGGCACUUUUUCUUGAUAAUAUGCUUUACAUGGUGAUAGUACCAAUCAUUCCAGACUAUAUACAAAGUAUGAGACUGAAUAGUGAAAAACAUAUUAAAGAAAUAAAUUCUAGUUCAUCUUACUCAAAUAAAUCGAUCAUCAGACCUGUGUACCCAACAGAAAAUGAAGACAUUAAAAUAGGAGUCUUGUUUGCCUCCAAAGCUAUCUUGCAGCUGCUUGUCAACCCGCUGAGUGGCACCUUUAUUGACAGAGUUGGCUAUGACAUCCCUCUGUUCAUUGGACUUAUUGUUAUGUUCUUUUCCACUGUUAUAUUUGCUUUUGCAGAGAAUUAUGCUACGCUCUUUGUAGCAAGAAGCCUACAAGGUUUGGGCUCUGCCUUUGCAGACACUUCUGGGAUCGCUAUGAUCGCAGACAAGUACACUGAGGAAGCAGAGCGAAGCAAAGCCUUGGGCAUAGCCUUAGCAUUUAUCUCAUUUGGGAGUUUGGUUGCACCCCCAUUCGGAGGCAUAUUAUACCAGUUUGUGGGUAAAAGAGUACCAUUUCUUAUUCUAGCUUGCAUUUCUCUCAUUGAUGGUAUACUCUUAUUAAUAUUCAUAAAACCCUUUGCUAAUCGGACUAGAGAAAACAUGCCAGUGGGCACACCCAUUCACAGACUGAUGAUUGACCCAUAUAUUGCAGUUGUAGCUGGGGCACUAACCACCUGCAACAUUCCUUUGGCAUUUUUGGAGCCCACAAUAGCAAAUUGGAUGAAAACAACUAUGGGAGCCUCUGAGUGGCAAAUGGGUCUUACUUGGCUGCCAGCUUUUUUUCCUCAUAUCCUAGGUGUUUAUAUCACAGUAAAGCUUGCAGCCAAUUACCCCCAAUAUCAAUGGUUUUAUGGUGCUAUAGGAAUGGUUAUCAUUGGUGCCAGUUCAUGCACAGUACCAGCCUGUAAAAAUUUUGAGCAGCUUAUUAUCCCCUUGUGUGGUUUAUGCUUUGGUAUUGCCUUGGUAGACACUGCGCUAUUGCCCACUCUUGCCUUACUAGUAGAUCUCCGCCAUGUCUCUGUGUAUGGAAGUGUCUACGCUAUAGCAGAUAUAUCCUACUCUGUGGCUUAUGCUCUAGGACCUAUAGUUGCUAGCCAGAUUGUGCAUACUAUGGGUUUCACUCAGCUUAACCUUGGUAUGGGGCUUGCCAAUGUACUAUAUGCUCCAGCCCUUUUGUUCCUCCGAAAUGUGUGCCAAAUGAAACCAUCCCAUUCAGAGAGAAACAUCCUUCUUGACGAGGAACCUAAAGGCUUGUAUGAUACCAUUAAAAUGGAAGAGCGCAGGGCUAAGUCCCACAAGGGCUUACGUAAAGGUGAACAUAUUCAGGACAACAAUAUGGACAAUUUCAACGUAGCCCAAACAGGUAAAUACAUGUCUGAUGAAGAAUCCUCUGAGUAUGAGUACAGCUAGACAAAAUGUUAUACAAACAGUAAGAAGGACAACAAGAAUCAGCCAUAGGUUUAUGCACCAACAUGCAAUUCAUACCUUUUCAUUUUCACAAUGUCACCAUGCUUUUUGUAAAAUGUUUUUAAUGUCACUUUCUUUUACUUUUGAAACCAUCAUUAUUUCAAAGUCAUAAUAGGUAGUAAUGUAUACCUCUACAAAAGAAAACUAGGUGCAGUAUUGUGGAACUGUUUAACUCUAUUCUUAAAGCCAACUCUGUGUGAAAUAUUGUAUAUCUGUACAAAAAAGAUAAAUUAUAUGAAAUAUACUGUGGCAUAUUCAGGGAAAUAAAGUUGCUAAAUAUUGUAAA